AUGAAAGACUUCAAAGAUGACACCGGAAAGAGGGACGAUAGCAGGCGUAAGCUGCUGGAAGCGGUGGCCGACCCUUCCACCGACGCUCUGUGGCGCAUGUAUUCCGGUGCCAAGGCAUCGCUACCAUACCGCGAUCGAAUGACCAACCUGACAUGGAGGAUGCUGGGACUUCGGGUGAAGAAUCUGCAUGUGUCCAAACACCAGCAAGCCGCAAUAUCACCCACGUUCUCUGCCACUUUUGGCAGUAAAGCUGGAAAAGAACAAGACCAAGACAAUAACGUUGAUACCGAUGGUUUCGAUUAUAUAGCCGAACUAAGGGUACUCAAAGAUCAAACUUUGCCCACAACAAGUCACUCGGGCUCCGUAGACCCCAUGGAGACUGAGGUUCUCAAUGACUCACAACUUCGGCACACCGAUAAUCACGUGAAUCUUGUUCGAAGCCAUCGUCAUCCACAAGCACACCAUCGCGACCACGAUUUGUCUCAUAACCAAAGCUCUAAGUUCGGCGAGCCGAACGAUUCGUCUGCAAUGGUAAGCUCAUUCUCCUCUAAUUCGCACCAAAUGAAACAUUUCUCACAGAGCCAUGGGGGUGCUCCCAGCUUUGGGUUUGAAGACCACGGCCAGUAUGGCUCGUUUUCUAACCUGGAGCAACAUGUCGGUUUCAUGGGCGACAUGGACGUUGAAAGCUUCAACGUUCUGGGCGGCCAUGACGCGGCUUCACAACAGGACCUCAGUCAAGAUGACGAGGAUGAUGAUGUGAUAUUACGCGGAACCGCUGCUUAUUCGUCGCCAGCGCUCAUCAGUGAUAGCGGUGUGUCUUCCGCAGGGGGAAACGGUUCUUUGAUUCCUCCUUCCAACUCUACAAUGUUCAAUACCAUGGAUCCUUCUUCCUCGGCUUUCAGCAACUCCGUUACUAUCGGUGGUCUAAAUUCUACCGUUUUGGGCGGUCAAACGUUUUUCGAUGAGCAUGAUUUUUUACAAUCCGUAAAUGAAGGCCAUGGAGAGGAUGACCCUAAACUCCCGGCGCUGCACGCAACCAACUCCCAAGUCUCAUUGCCGGACUUAUACGAUAGAACUUCGAACGUAACGCCAAUAUCGAUUCGGAGGCCAAGUACAGCAUGGCAAAGUAAUCCGAUACAAUCCUCACCAAGUUCAGCGAUUAUCGCUCCCAGCUCACUGCCGAAUUCUCAAAAUUCACGGCGAGCUGUCAACAUCAAUUUUGUGCGGAAAAAACAAAUCAAAUCCUCCAAUUCAAGAAGAGGCAGUUCAAGUUUUGCAACCAUAAAUGGCGGUUCUGGCAUUCUUGUAAACAAUAUUACGCAAGAUAAUGCGUUUGUUGACGCAGCAAACCGUAGACCAGUAUCCGCAGGGGCAGGCUCCACCGUUGGCAACUCAGCAAACAAAACAGAAACUAAGUGUACAAAUUGUCAUACUAAGACUACACCCCUGUGGAGAAGAGAUCCGGAGGGGAAUCCGUUGUGCAAUGCGUGUGGUCUUUUUCUAAAACUCCAUGGAGUUGUAAGACCACUUUCCCUGAAAACUGACGUGAUCAAGAAACGUCAACGGUCUUCCAACAAAGUGUCUGGUCAGAACUCCUCGUCAAGUGUAAAGAAAGAGCUCUCGGUUGAAGAUACAUUACCAAGUACAAAAGCCCGGAGACCAACUAACAAGAAAAAGCUGUCGUCGACGAGCGUAUUGAAUGGAUCGCAAGCCAAAUCCCAAUCGUCCAUGGCGAGAAGGAAGUCAAAACCUGGACGCGACGCUGACAAUGCGAGUAGCGAAAGCGGGUCAGGAACCCCCACCCCUGGACCGACGCUCUCUAUGGAAGCGCAGGUGAGUGAUCGAACGUCGCAGCAAGCGAUCUCCUCAGAAAUGGAAAUCGAUCGCACGUCCAGCGCAGACACUGGUAUAUCCGGAUUAGCGAAUCCUAACCCCAAUUCUCAUGGUCUGGAUGUUUUUUUAGAUCAGUGGUCUAAUUCGCCAUCAGGAGACCAACAAACAUCUGAAGCCACGGCGUUUCUUGAAGAUCAACCCGAACUCAAAUCAAAAGCUAACGACCAGCAACAUUUUAAUCUUAGCGCUGGACCUAGAGCUGCUGAGCAAUCCGAACCUAUGAAUGAGGUUUCGGGCGUACCUGCUACGUCUGCUAAGAAGAAUGCUGGUGAUAACGCCAACUGGGACUGGCUAACUUUGAGUCUUUAA